CCCAUAUCCUAAAGGUAGGGCAGCGUGGCAUGCUUUCUAACUCCAUCAGUUCUCAAUCGAGCAUUCGAGAGUGCACCUCGUACAACGUAACCCCCUGGUGACCAAUAAAGCAGGUCGUCGCGUGUUUAAUUGUUACCAUUUUGCCCCCUUUUUGUUACUUCUCAUCAAUAUUCUUACGCUCGUUUGAAUUUUCAGUGAAAAAAAAAUUAUUUUGUUGUGAUUUUUGACAUCAAAAGCGUGAAAGAAUUCGUACUUAAACGACAAGAAACCAAUGAUGAAACAAUUCUAGGUCGUGACACACUCACAUAAAUCUACAACUGCAGUGAUCGCAGUAUAUGAAUAAUCAGCCAUCAAAAUAUACAAGUAAAGUCGUUUUUUUUCUGUCUCAUGAUAAUGACCAUGUGACAGAGUGUUUGUAACAAUAAAUAAAAAGAUUGAGUGAUUUUUAUCAAAGAAUACAUGUGUGUGUUUUAUCAUAAUAUCCACCAUUGAGUCUCCAAGUUAUUCCUACUGUUCAGACUUUGGCUUAGAGCCAGAAACACCUGAAUCUACUGAAGACGGUUCCGAAGCUAAUUAUCGAAUAAACGAAACUAGAAGAUUUAGUAAUUCUCGAGAAAGCUGUUGGGACGGCUGCGAAAGCUUCGUUGUGUUGAUGAGUGACUCUUUCGAAGUUAUUUCGCUGCCGGUCGACAUGCUCCAGCCGGCAAGCUACGGGAAAAAGAGCAAUACUUGGUAUACAGCACCAGGGGGUACGAAUAGUAGAGCAGGAGGGGGUGGCUGGCAAAGUCGACCACCAGCGGUAGCGAGCCUCAGCAGAAAAGCUUCCAUCUCUGAAGAAGCACCACCACCUGGAGGUGGCAAACCAUCUUCAGGGCGAGUUAUUAGGAUUGUCAACAAUCUUGAUCAUACUGUUCAGUGUCGAGUGCUACUGAAUCUACGAACAUCUCAACCUUUUGAAGAAGUUUUGGAAGACUUGGGUCAAGUGUUGAAAAUGAACGGGGCCAAGAGAAUGUUCACAGUCUCAGGGCAGGAGGUCCGCAGUUUUUCUCAACUGAGAAAUGAAUUUGCUGAUGUGGACACAUUUUAUCUCGGCACUGGAUCAUCAAUGGGAAUUAGUGGUGCUUCGAUGACAGGCUCAUCUCCAGCUAGACGAUCUAGAUCACGAGGACCACCCGCCCUUCCAAUGACAGCAGGUAAUGAAGAGUUAAGCCGACAAAGACGUGCUCGAAGUAAAAGUCGUCCAAGAGCUCUUUAUGCGCCUGAUUCUGAAGUUGUAAGAGUUAAUGAUUAUAGUCUGGUAGAAGUAUUAAGAGAAGAGCCUGCAAGAGUAACUAUAAGAGGUCUUCGACGAUCAUUUUAUCCACCAUCACACUUGCCUGUAGUAGACAAUUCGCCACCAGACAAAAAACUUCAACUAGAAUGGGUUUAUGGAUAUAGAGGAACAGACACUCGAAGAAAUCUUUGGGUUUUACCUAGUGGAGAGCUUUUAUACUAUGUAGCAGCUGUAGCUGUACUUUAUGAUCGUGAAGAAAAUACCCAACGUCAUUAUGUAGGGCAUACUGAGGAUAUUACUUGUAUGGAAAUUCAUCCAAGCAGAGAACUAGUCGCUUCGGGUCAAAGAGCAGGGAGGCAUCGUAAAGCACAACCACAUGUUCGAAUUUGGUCAACAGAAACACUUCUUACACUUUAUGUUUUUGGGAUGACUGAAUUUCAGAUGGGAGUUUCUGCACUUGCAUUCUCCCAACUUAAUGGUGGAAGCUACGUUCUAGUUGUUGAUUCAGGAAGAGAAGCUAUUUUAUCGGUAUGGCAAUGGCAAUGGGGUCAUCUUCUUGGCAAAGUUGCUACUUUACAAGAAGAUUUAACUGGAGCAGCAUUCCAUCCACUUGAUGACAAUUUGCUAAUUACCCAUGGACGUGGUCAUUUAACAUUCUGGAAUCGUCGUAAAGAUGGAUUUUUUGAACGAACAGAUAUAAUUAAACCGCCAUCACGAACUCACGUGACAAGCAUACAAUUUGAACAAGAUGGAGAUGUGGUAACCGCAGAUAGCGAUGGAUUCAUUACCAUUUAUUCUGUAGAUGCAGACGGUGCCUAUUUUGUGCGAAUGGAAUUCGAAGCACACAACAAAGGAAUAAGUUCUUUAGUAAUGCUAUCAGAAGGAACUUUAUUGUCUGGUGGAGAAAAAGAUCGUAAAAUUGCUGCUUGGGAUUCUCUACAAAAUUAUAAACGUAUCACAGAUACCAAACUGCCUGAAUCAGCAGGAGGUGUACGUAGUAUUUAUCCUCAACGACCCGGCAGAAACGAUGGAAAUAUUUAUGUUGGGACUACACGAAAUAAUAUUUUAGAAGGUUCACUACAACGCAGAUUUAAUCAAGUUGUGUUUGGACAUGGGAGACAGCUUUGGGGUCUUGCUGUUCAUCCAGAUGAUGAAGUUUUUGCUACUGCUGGUCAUGAUAAAAAUAUUGCUUUGUGGAGAAGACAUAAACUACUUUGGACAACUCAAGUUGGAUUUGAAUGCAUUUGUAUUGCUUUUCAUCCAUUCGGAGUAGCUUUAGCUGCUGGUUCUUCUGAAGGCCAUCUUUUAGUUCUUGCUGCUGAUACUGGAGCUGCAGUAGCAACUUUACGAGUUUGUGGAUCACCGUUAUCAUGCAUUGGAUACAAUCCAACUGGAGAAAUUAUUGCUAUGGGAUCACAAAACGGUAGUGUCUAUCUCUUUAGAGUAUCCAGGGAUGGAUUUUCUUAUAAAAAAAGCAAUAAAAUCCGUGGUACUCAACCUUUAGUUCAACUCGAUUGGAGUUCAGAUAGCAGAUUUUUACAAACUGUUACUCAAGAUUAUGACUUAGUCUUUUGGGACGUAAAAGCUUUACAAUCCGAAAAAAGUCCACUUGUAAUGAAAGACGUAAAGUGGCACACUCAUAAUUGUACAAUUGGUUACAUGGUAUCAGGAAUGUGGAAUAAUCGAUACUACCCUCUAACAACAGUAAUCACAACAUCUAGUCGAUCAGCAGCACAUGAUAUGUUAAUAAGUGGAGAUGCUGAAGGCUAUUUGAGACUCUUUCGAUACCCUUGUACUAGUGCAAAAGCAGAAUACGUUGAGGAGAAAGUUUACAGUUCACUUGUGGCUUGCGCUCGUUUUCUGUAUAAUGAUCAGAACGUCGUAACGGUCGGUGGUACUGAUGCAGCUCUUAUGCUCUGGGAACUUGUCGAUGAAUAAAUUUAACUAAGAUCUUUUAGAAAAUCAUUCACAUCCAAACGCCGGUCGUUUAGAAAAAAAGUGAUUUUCAAGUCUAAUUGUAACUGCCGAUAAUUUUGAUUUAACAAAACUUUAAUACUAAUUUAAAUUUUUGUCUGAAUUAAUUAUGCAACCAAUAUGUUAAUUUGUUAAAAAGACAAAAAUCCAAUUAUUCUCUCUACCAUCGUCGACAACUCAUUGAUCGACGUUAACAUGACAUUAUUUUAUCAUACAGAAUUUGUAAUGAAUUAAAUCACCAUCCAAUGUCAGUUAUGUUUAAUGUGAUGACACACAUUUCACAUUUAGACUACCAUGGUUAUAACUAUGUAUAACUAAAAGUAAUAUUAAAAAAUGUACACAAUGAUAUUAUAAUGAUAACAAUCAUGAUGAAAUGUGUUAAAAACAUCAUCAAUUAUUAAAACUGGAAAUUACUCGUAGGUAUACACUAUUUAGUGAAUAUUUGAAAUGAAUUUCAUUAAUCUAUUGAUUAAUAUUUAAAAAUAAUCUAGAGACGCGGGCGUCUCCUUCAAGUAAUUCAAUUGUAUCAGUUGUCAAAAUUAGCUUUGACCGCACGUCAUUAAUUAAAGCAUCUAAAUAUUUGUAGGGCGUUUUUGCCAGUUUUCAACUGCCCCUUUUUCCAUUUCAAAUUAAUAACUUUGGUAAAUGAAUAUAAAAAAAAGUAAUCUGCAGCAGAUUUUAUCAUCAUAUUAUAAAAAAAAUUCUGAAUCUCAAAAUUUCCAUUACAAUCAUAAUAAAAAUUGCACGGAAAAAUGGAUUUUAGUGUUGCUGGUCGACACAAAAUAUAUUAUUAAUAAAAUAAACGUCCACAACAUUGUUCACAAACAUAUAUGAAUAUAAUUACGUGUAUUUCUCUAUACGAGUAUUUAUUGUAUAUUUAUAGCUGAUUAGAAGUAGAUGAAGCGAGAGGGAAAUUUUUUGAAUAAUAAUUUUAAGACAGUUUUGAAAAAUUGUCAUUAACAAUUUCAUGUAUGUACAACUCACCCUUGAGCUUCUAUAAUAUCA